AUGCGAAGAGUCUAUUCCCCUUCUCCUCGAGAACGACUGCAAUCAGGCAAUACAGAAGCAUCUGAGCUUCAAAAAGAAAAUGGUACAAAGCUGUCUUUGGACCAGUUUCAAAUACUUCGAACAAUAGGAACAGGAUCGUACGCAAGAGUUCGGCUUGGCCUCCACUUGAGUACAAAUGAACUGGUCGUUAUCAAAAUGAUAAAAAAAUCUUUUGCAGCCACAGAAAAACAUUUAAGACACGUUAAGAACGAAAGGCAAAUUCUCCAGCAGUUGAGAUGCCCAUUUGUAGUAAAGCUAUUAGGAACUUUUCAAGAUGCAACUUAUUUAUAUAUGGUUCUUGAAUUUGUCCAAGGAGGAGAGCUCUACAGAGCCCUUAAGCUUGAGCGCUUUUUUACAGUUGAUAAAACAAGGUUUUUCGCAGCUGAAAUCACAUCAACUUUCUCUCAUUUGCAUACAAGGUCAAUUAUUUAUAGAGAUUUGAAACCAGAAAACAUUCUUUUCACAGCAGAAGGGCAUAUUAAAUUAGUGGAUUUUGGCUUCGCAAAGCAUUUGAAGGAUGGAGAAUUUGCAUAUACAAUGUGUGGAACUCCUGACUAUUUAGCACCUGAAAUGAUUAGACAGACAGGCCACGAAUUUUCUUUGGACUGGUGGACUUUGGGGAUUCUUAUAUUUGAGCUGCAGACUGGUAAAACUCCUUUUUACCAUGACAAUCCAUAUGCUAUGUACGAUAAAAUUUUGCAAGAAAAUGUUCAGUUCGCUGAAGACUUCGAUGGGGAAUCAAAAGAUUUGAUUGAAAAACUUUUAAUAAAAGAUUAUAGAGAAAGGAUCAAAUUGAAUGAUAUUAAAAGGCAUGGAUUUUUCAAAAAUAUUAAUUGGCGACAUGUAGAAAAACUUACUCUACCCCCAGUUUAUAUUCCUUGUAUCACUUCGAAAAUCGAUUCAUCAAAUUUUGGUAGAUAUGAAGAAGAAAAACAAAAUGAGCUUUUGGUGCCAGAAGAUGUGCCUGAUCUAUUUCCUGAGUUUUAA